AUGAUGCCCGUUGCCCUGUUCUUCCUUUUGGUUGCAUCGGUCGCCACAUCAGCUAGUGGCAGACCAGUGAACCCGUUUGCCUUUGAUAAGGUCCGUAUCGAACGACACGCUGUGUCGACUUCCAUGGCAAAAGCCACGUUUCGACGCAUUCUGACAGCAGCCCUACCCAGUCCUCAAGACAGCUUUGACAUGAAUUUGAUAGGGCUCAAAGGGGACGCUGGAUCCCAAUGGGAUCAACUCCUUGGCAAGAGCGAACGCGCUAGGAUGUUUCACAAAAUUGUCGGUGGAAGCAAGGUCGACCAAUCCAGAGCCACCGGCAUUCUGCGCCUGGAACACCUCCGCCAUCAAUCGACGACCAAGGCAAUCAUACAUGCAGCGGUUGACAACAGUGUGCUGGAGGAUGGCGGGACCAUCCAUUUGUACUUAUCCCUCCCCAAUUCCGCAGCGUUGGGCAACCACACGGACAUUACCAACAUUUUUGUACUGCAACUCGUGGGAUCCAAGGAUUGGGUUUUCUGCCAAGAAGAAGAAAAUGCCUUUUACCACACCAGUCUCCGUGGCAAAUUAGACAAGUGUACCACCUACAACGUGGAGGAAAUGGAGCAUAUGGAGUGUACACGAGAAACCCUCUAUCCAGGAGAUGUGUUGUAUCUUCCCAAGCGCGUGGUGCAUUCAGCCCGAGCCACCGACAGUGGAUUGUCCGCUCACCUUACGUUUGGCUUGUCCGACCACAUGUGCUCGGAAGACUCCCGGAAAGUUUUCUUGCCUGCUAAUAAUAGAGCUUUAUCCGACACUUGUAACUCGGACGAAGGUGGCUCUUCGUGCAACACUGGCUGCACCGGGUCUUGCGACGACAGCUGUGACAGUGGCUGCAACCAUAGUUGCGACUAUGGGAUUGCAUCUUGUGACAGUUCUUGUGAUGGACGCUGUGACUACAGCUGUGACACGUUGUGCAACGAGGGCUGCGACAUCUGCCCCAAUAUGCCCACGAGCCCUACCGUGCCCUUGCCAACGGCAGCACCAGCGGUAUCCGAUAGCCCGUCUCUGGCACCAUCACAAAAGACACCACUUCCGACGGGCGCCCCAACAGUAGCUCCUACUUGGCCACCCACCACCAUGCCGACAACGCGGACACCCACCUCCAAGCCGAUUGCUCCCACGAUGAUGGAGCCGACCACCGCUGCUCCAACGGCGACGUUCAUUCUUCCCUUUCUUGUAUGCCGAGUCAAACUUCAUGGCCGUGACAGCAACAAUGAUGGUCUCAUGUCCCAAACCGAGUUUCUGUUCUUUGUCAAUGGCCUUCCUUUCACGGACGAACACUAUCCAUCGUUCGAGUCCCUCCCAUCUUCGGUACAAGCCGUUUACAAUAGCUAUGCAUUGGCGGACACAGGACAAAUCGAUAUCUUUGGAACUGGCCUGUUGGAACAAGCAACUCAGGACAAGCUUGACACUCUCGAACAGUUCUGUUUUGAUACCCAAAUGGCAUGGGCUCAAAGUGAAGCAGGAGCGACUACGGCAGCCCCGUCAUUCCCUCCCACUACUACCCAGCCAACCUCAAGUGCAUCGGCGCUUCCAACUGCUCCACCGACUCAAGUGCCAACCAAACAGCCAACAUUGCAUCCUUCGAUGAGUCCCUCCGCCCCACCAACAUCUUCAAGUCCUUCACUUUCACCAACAUCUCCCCCCACUACCGCACCAACAAAUAAGCCUUCAAUGAGUCCCUCACCUCCACUUACGUCCCCCCCCACUACCUUGCCAACACUGCAACCAACUUCAAGGCAGCCAACAUCAAGUCCUUCCCCCACUGUCGUUCCAACAAAGCAGCCAAUGUUUACUUCAUCUCCUCAAACUUCUCCACCAACCACCUUUCCAACAAAGCAGCCUUCAUUGAGCCCUUCAACUCUUCUGACGUUCCCCUUCACGGAGCAGCCUACAAAGAAACCAUCAUCAAGUCCUUCACCUCCGCCAAUUUCCCCCCUGACAGAGCCACCAACAAAGAAGCCAACUUCGAGUCCUUCACCUCUUCCAAUUUCCCAUCCCAGUGCUUUGCCAAGUGCUUUCCCUUCAGUGUCAUCACACCCCACCAUUUUGCGGAUUGGGUCCAAUAUCUUUGCCCCCACCAACAAUCCUCAUGAAAGCCCUGGAAAUCUUGGACAACCACCUUCCAAAGAAUCAACAACAAAGUCUCCCAGUAGACAUCCGUCAUCCUGGCCAUCAACGUUGUUGACCUCAAACCCAACACAUGAUCCAACAACUGACCCAUCCAUAGUGCCUACGCAAGUCCCAUCAAGACCGCCCAUGCCUCAUUCAGCACAGACCCCAUCUGUCACACCAGUUGGCCUUCCAAGCCUGGAAGCAACCAUACCAUCAAAUGGAAGCUCUGCCGUCGCUUUUGAGCUUGCCGCAAUGGGAGAGGUAUGUUCAGGGGACAACGACUGCGAGACUGGGGCAUGCCAUUGGACAAAGACUUCUGUCAGUAAUACCGGUAGCAGUGGAGGGUGUGUCUGCAAUCAAGUGACUCAUGCUGGUUGCGCCAACGGAACGCAUUGUGCUGUUGUGGCCCACGACCACAAGAACAACAGCAGCUUCCCCGCAUGUAGAGUAUCCAAUGGCCACGAAUGCACCAGAGACUCGCAGUGCCACAGCAAUCGUUGCGUCUUUGGAGACAACCAAGCUCAGGAAAGGCACAACAUUUUCGACCACAGGACUUUUGAGGGAGUAUGUGGUCCGGGGCCAGUUACAGCAACCGCCGAGCCAGGGCCGACAGAAGCACCCGGAACAACUACUUUGAACGGCUCGGUAAACCAAGACACCCCAUUCUCUUGCUCUCAUAAUAGUCUUCUUUUCGGACAAGUUGCUACGCUUUCUGCGCUCAUCAUCGCUCUUGGCAUGAUCUUCUAG